CUACUCAGCGGUUGUGUUUCGCGCAUGCGUGAUCUUCCGUCUCAUACGUGGCUCAGUACAACGUUUUGAAUUUGUCAACUUUACUCACUGGAUUUUCUCCUUAUUUCUCUAUUUAAUCAUAAAAAUGCUUCCCAUCACGGAUUUACAAAAAAUUGGCAUCGGUGUCACCGGCUUUGGGAUGUUCUUCUUGUUUUUUGGCGUACUACUGUUUUUCGAUAAAGGUCUUCUUGCUAUCGGCAAUAUACUUUUCAUAUCAGGACUGGCUCUAGUUAUAGGACUGGAAAGAACAUUUAGAUUUUUCUUCCAAAAGCACAAGUUACGUGGUAGUACCUGCUUUCUUGGUGGUAUCAUGGUGGUGCUGAUAGGCUGGCCUUUAGUGGGGAUGAUCAUUGAGACCUAUGGAUUUGUUCUUCUGUUUAGUGGGUUUUUCCCUGUGGUAGUGAAUUUCCUUAGAAGAGUUCCAGUUAUUGGAAAUAUUCUUAAUUUACCAGUUAUAAGUCAGAUUGUAAGUAGAGUUGCAGGAGAGCCCAGCAAUUCAAUGGUAUAGCAAUGAAUACCCAAGGAUGUGAAUAGUAAAACAACAGAUGCAUUCCCACCAAAGACAUUGUUUUUCUAUCCUCAAUAUUAAUAAAACAAGCAGGGCAACAUUCAGUAUGAUAGCAAAAGAUGUAGGUAAAUAUACAAUAAAGCUCAUCAAAUUGUAGUUAUCUUAUGAAUAUCUAAUGUUAUCUUAUGGAUAACAUUAGAUUUUGGGUUAAAAUUUUUGACCUCAGUAUUUUUGGUGUUCAAUAUUUUGCCCAUUGAUAAAAGAAGACUUUUCUCUACUGUAUGUAUAUGUGAAGUAGAAGGAUUGUGCAUCAGGUAUUUAUUUCUAUUUUGACUCACUCUCACAAUGUUGUGGCAUAAAUGUUAAAUUGAAAUUUGAGAAGUGUUAAAAAGUGAGGUAUUUUGGUGUAGUAAGUUUUUAUCCUUGAUAUUUUAGGGGAUAUAUAUUUUUUGGUUCUUGCUGGACAACCUAUCAUAUCUAUAGCCGAGUACCCCCCAUAGGUACCCCAUGUGCUGGAGUAUCUGUAAUUUGAUUUUUAUUCUCAUCUUCGUAAUCCUUUCAUGACAGUAAUUCUUUCAUGAUAGUUGAAUGCUAUCUUAGUUUUGAUUAACCCUGGCAGUUUCCACAAAUCCCUGAAAUGGAAUUUUAUGUUAGAGUAAGAGUGAUUCAAAGAUUUUUGGAAACAGGCUUACACAUGAAUAUUUAAUAGUUAUGUAGAAAAUAUGUUUUGAUAAGAAAAUAAUAUUCUGUUGCUAAGAAAGAAAAAUAUAAUAGGUAAUGUCACACAUGCAGACCUAUUAGGCUUGGUUGCAUUUUGAUCUUGCUUUGCAAGUCCUUGGGAAUGCUUUUUUUUUUUUAAAUAGAAAUACCCCUUCUAUUUGUCCUGAAAAAAAAAAUGUACCUGCUGCACUAUACUAUUUAAACAAGAGUACUGCAUAUAGAUUACAAUGAAUAACUCAACUCACAGUUUCCUGCUAAGCAGAGUUCUUUCAUUUUCCUUACUGCUCAAGAGACCUUUGCUAGCAGGGAAUCAAAUAUUUGUCAUUUUAGGCGGCUACAGUAUGUACACUUUUAUACAUUUAACAGUAGAAAGUCUAAAUUGCAGAAAUUCAUAUCUCUGAAAGAAUUCCCUUUCUGUGUGCUCAUUGUAUCACAAUGACCCUAGCUUUUACCCCCUUAGAGCCAGGCAACUACAUAGAUCUCAUAUGAACAUAUAUAUUGUAAAUACCAGAUAUGGAUUGUAUUUGUAAUAAAAUUAUAGAAAAACAA